CGCGCCCGCAUGAUGUUAUGGCAAGCUAGGUUGCAUCCGUCCGUGAACUGUCCACGCAUCGAGUCGUCACGUGUUACUGUUCUACAGCACGAGCUGGAGCAGUAGGCAUGAUUGUCUUCACUCUAACACAAGACGUAGCACCUUGUUUUGGUACAUAUUGGACAAGUGAACUGAGUGGAAAACGGAUACCACGUCGUACUCGGAUGGGCUACUGAUUUUGGAGACCUGCAAGUAUUUAGCAAAAAUUUCUUCAUGCAUUUGUUUUGAUUAUAUUUCUGUGGUUAGAGAAUAUUGCCUGGAUUGUCUUGCUAAAUAAAUGGGGUCGCACAUAGGCGAUUCUUUCUUUGAUGGUAAAUGUACGAUUUUCGACAUAACUGGGGUGUGUUUCAAGUUUUUCUCCCACCCUACUCAGGAUUUACAAAAUUCGACCGAGUUUUUUUAUAUGAGUUUUUUUUAAAAAAUGAAUUGAAGAUGAAAAACUCUACUAUAAGAAAUCAACUAUACGGGAGGUCUCCAUAUCCGUGCUGACGGUUUAUUUGGCUCUGCGUUGUGAGCAUGUAAUUGAGGCAAGGCGACGGCUUUUUAAAUCUGUAAACAUUGUUAAAUUAAGUCGUGCACGAGUUUGAAUUAAUAUAAAAUAUUUAAAAGUUUAAAGGUGUUUUAGCAACAUGGCAAGUCCAGUUACAGAGCAGGGUUGUUUUUCAGACGUGAGAAAGGUGGGCUAUUUAAGGAAGCCUAAAAGCAUGCACAAGAGAUUUUUUGUUCUACGGAUUGCCACUGUAUCAGGACCUUCUAGACUGGAAUAUUAUGAAAAUGAGAAAAAAUGGAACCAGAAGUCUGGGGCUCCCAAAAGAUCAAUUUUACUACAUAACUGCUUUAAUAUUAACAAAAGAGUAGAUUCCAAAAACAAGUAUUUAAUCGCUCUGUACACUAAGGAUGAGUAUUUUGCAGUUGCAGCUGAUAGUGAACAAGAACAGGAUCUAUGGUAUGAGGCACUAGUGGACCUGCAUAACAGAGGGAAGAUCUAUGCACCUUUUGGGAACAGCAUAACUAUGGAGGACUAUGGAGAGACCACCCCCGGACCUGCGUUCAAAGAAGUAUGGCAAGUUAUUUUAAAACCCAAGGGCUUAGGACAAAUAAAGAAUUUGGUUGGGAUUUACAGACUGUGUCUGACAAAUAAAACAAUAAGCUUUGUGAAACUUAACUCCGAUGCUGCAGCUGUUGUGCUUCAGUUAAUGAACAUUAGGCGCUGUGGUCACUCUGAGAAUUUUUUUUUCAUAGAAGUAGGACGAUCUGCUGUUACAGGACCGGGAGAGUUUUGGAUGCAGGUAGAUGACUCUGUUGUUGCGCAAAAUAUGCACGAAACAAUCUUGGAGGCAAUGAAAGCCAUGAGUGAAGAGUUUCGUCCUCGGAGUAAAAGUCAGUCCUCCUCCAACUGUUCCAAUCCCAUUUCUGUUCCACUGAGAAGGCAUCAUCACAACAACCCACCCCCCAGCCAGGUAGGACUCAGCCGAAGGUCCCGGGCAGAGAGCCUCACAGCCGGUUCACCUGCCUUUUCAGGAAAACACAGUCACUCUUUUAGGGUGCGGGCUUCCAGUGAUGGCGAGGGAACCAUGUCCCGCCCUGCAUCAAUGGACGGGAGUCCAGGAAGUCCGAUUACUGCCCGGACCCGCCCUCACCACCCUAGAGGUUCCUCUAGGCUCCACCCACCUCUCAGCCAUAGUCGCUCCACCCCCAUGUCUGCUGCCUGCUGUUCCCCUUCUGCUACUAGUCCAGUCAGCCUUUCAUCCAGCAGUACUAGUGGCCAUGGUUCUACCUCUGAUGGCUUAUACCCACGUCGCUCCAGCACCUCAGUUUCUAGGUCUCCUAGUGAUGGAGACUUCAUCUCUUCUGACGAAUACGGAUCAAGCCCCUGUGACUUCAGGGGCUCAUUUCAUAGUGUCACGCCAGAUUCCAUAGAGCACACACCUCCUGCCAGAGAGGAGGAACUCAGUAGCUACAUAUGUAUGGCAGCAGCUGGCCUGCAGUUGAAUGGAUAUGGUGGACAUGUUCAGUCUUGUUGUUCAGAGACUUGCACAGCGGAGCCAGAGAAAGGCUUCAGGAAGAGGACACACUCUUCAGGUACCUUAGUCAAGACUGCCUGCUACCAGAAGAACCACUCUCAGGAUUCUGCAUGUUCAUAUACAGUAAUGAUGCCAAUGCACCAGUGCAUCAGAAUGCCCAUCGAUAGACAAUCAGCAUUUGUAGCCACAGAUUCAUACCCUGAGCAGGAUCUGCAAACAGAUGCUAGUGCUUUAGGUCACAAGGAUGAUGGGUAUAUGCCCAUGUCCCCAGGUGUGGUGCCUCAGCCUUCUAAAAGUAAUGAGUACAUGCCCAUGAGCCCCCGAAAUGUGUCGGCACCUCAGCAAAUUAUCAGUCCCCAUCCUGUCUCCAUAAUAGACUCUGAUGGCUAUAUGAUGAUGUCACCCAGUGGAAGUUGUUCCCCAGAGACAAAGUACAGCAAAAUCUGGACUAAUGGGACCGAUCCCAAACUCUCAGCGGAGAGUAACGAUGGAGAGGUGACCUAUGGAGAUUAUAUGAACAUGUACCCAGCUAGUUACUCCAGCAAAAGUACUCUGGCAGACUGUUGCUUCCACUCAUUGGAGGAGCCAUGCAAUCCUCUUAAUUCUUACCACUCUCUUCCUCGCUCUUUUAGGCAUGGUGAUAGACAACACCACCAGACACCCCAGCCCUUGUCUGUCAUUUCUGUCCAGUUGGAAGAAUCUUCCUCUUCCUCUGCUAGUAGUGACAGUGUCGGGGGACGAAAUGGUGGGAACCAAAUAGUUACACCCAGAAAGGUAGAAUUUUUGGGCCAACCAAAACGACCAACUCGCCUCUUUCUAGAAAACUGCAAAGCCAGUACGCUUCCACGUGCCAGGGAAAACUUCCCAAAUGAACCUAAAAGCCCUGGAGAAUAUGUCCACAUUGAGUUCAAUGAUCAGUCCUCUACAACAAGCAUGGUGUCCCUCCUACCUGUAUUUUUAGAUGGUAGCUCUGAGAGAUCUGAGCAACAAUCUUCUGAGUACAUGAAUACAGAACUGGGUUCUAGCAGUAAUCUUAGCCAUUCAGACAAAAUAUUGACUUCUGCAGAUCAGUCAACUAUUGUAGAAGCUCCUUCCCUUUAUGAUUUUGACAGUGAUGACUUGCAGGGCUGUGAUUAUGUCAGUACGCAGUUGAGAUCAACUUGUGUGAACCACGCUGAGGAACAUCUGAUUCUCAGAAACCCAAAAAUUGGUGGGUCACCUGAAGCCCCAUCAAACAUUAUAUCACCCACACAUGAAGGUGUAGCAUUGAAUGGGUUUCCUGGAAUGAUGAACCAAACAUCUGGCUCACGUGCUUUCACCAGAGUGAGUUCCAGCCCCAACCAAAAGCAGGGUACCAGAGUCAUUCGAGUGGAUCCACAGGCCCGGCGUCGACAUAGUUCUGAGACCUUUUCAUCAACAGCAGUGGCAUGUGGCCAUAAUAUAAUGGCACCAUUCAGCAUGCAAAACGGGAAGUGCCACAGCUCUGCAUCCUUUGAAAAUGUUUGGUUAAAACCCUGUGAGUUGGCAGCUCAAGAAAAAAAUGGCAUGUCUUGUGAGACUGGACCUUCUUCCCAGGAUAGCUUUAAUUACAUUUAUUUGGACCUCCUCAAAGAUCAAAACUCUGAAAUAGCCAAACCUUUGGAUUCACAGAAUGGCAAUAACUCUGAUUUAAACAUGUAUGCAAGCAUUACUUUUGAGAAGUAGAAGAACUGAGGAAGAAUCAAGCACGUAGAGAAGUACUCCUCCCCACAACGUUCACACCAGCUUCACAGCCACCCACAUACUUUCACACUGCAAGCUUCAUUGACUAAAGCAUUGUGAUUCAAAGUAGACUACAAUUUGGAAAAUAUCUCCCAUAAUCUUACAGUCUGUAGUAAACAGCAGAUGAGAGACAGAGAGAGUGGAGUCCAGUGAUGUUUCCCAGCAGAUAGAACAAAGCACAGUUGGGAUCAAACCUAGAUCUCCACUGUAGCACACUCCUUGUUUACCUCUUUAAAUGGAAAAAUCUUACUUCAAGAACAAAAACACUGACUUCUGCACUAUUGGAGAAGCCCUGAACAAGUAUUGCAGUGUCAACAUUUUCUGCACAAUUACUUGUAUGAUUACGCUCAAUAACACUUGCAGUCUCAAGGUGCUUAAGAUGAAUGUUUAUUUUUAUGUCAGUGUAAUCUUUUACUUAUGCAAGUUUUUUUGACUAAAUUACACAUUGUAUUCCCCUAUGACUCCUUCAUUUGGUCUGACCGUAUAAGCUGUACUCAUUCAUAUACCCACCAACUUGUACAAUAAAAGUACUGUUCUAAAAGUACUGAAUCACCUGUAUGCUGUUCUCAUGGUGUGUACAGUACUAACACCAGCUAAACUUCCUCCAUUAAAUGCAGAAGUGACAAGAUCUUAGUUGUUUAGCUUUAAUAAGAUGCCAGGAUGCAUUCAUGAAUUAGGAGUGAAACUAAAAUAAUACAAUUAAAUAUAUAUCUCAAUUUCGAUUCCGGGGCAGCAUGGUGGAGCAACAGUUGGCACUGCUGCCUCACACCUCACCCUUCCAGUCUCUGCUUGGGUUGCGGAGACUAAAUUGCCCCAUAGGAGUGCAUGUGUGAGUGACUGGUGUAUGAGUGUGCCCUGUGAUGGGCUGGCCCCCCAUCCUGGGAUGUUCCCUGCCUCGUGCCCAUUGCUUCCGGGAUAGGCUCUGAACCCCCCACGACCCAGUAGGAUAAGCGAUUUGGAAAAUGGAUGGAUGGAAUUCCGAUUCCAAAUACCAUACAUUACAAUGCUAUACUGAGGAAAUUUGGCAAAAUGUAAAUAGCAAUCCAAAAGUAAAUAGUUCUCUUGUACAUACUGAAUAAACUCAAAAUGUACAGUAUACAUUUUUAUGAAUAAAGUACAACUUUACACGUAAGCCAUCACAAAAGAAAAAACAAGCCUUUUCUCUUUAAGCAUCCUAAUGGCACUAGGCAAAGGAAUAGGAAACUUAGCCCUGGGAUUAACAUGUUAACAUCCCUAAACAUUAAGGCAAUUAACAAGGUUAUAAACGUGUCAUUGUCACAUACAUUCUUUCGUUUCUGUUAUAUCAACCGUAUAUAAAGGUUACUUACAGACGAUGAGUUCUCAUGCACAAAGCCAAUUACAGCGCAAGAUUAGGCGACAACAGGUUUGCUACAGGAGACACACGAUCAAUAUGCUAUUUCUUUAUUGAAAGUGAAAUCUCGCGAAAAUACCGUGGGAAUACCACCACUAGGGGGAGCCAAAUACAAACAAGCACUCAUGGAUAGGCAGAAUGGAAAUGUAAAAGUUAAAUGUGUUUUUGUGAUAUAUAGCUCUAAAAGUAUACUUAUUCCUUUAGGGGGCGAUUGUCCCAUUCACUUAAGUCAAAUCAAGUCAAAAAAGCGUGCAUCUGCGUGUUUUUUUUCCCACUUAAGUGUAUUCUCACAUCCACUUAAGUAUGGGGUUCAAAUGCACUUUGGCUAUAGUCUAAUAUCCUUCCAUUAUCCAUCCAUUUUCCAAACUGCUUAUUCUACUGGGUCGCGGGGAGUCCGGAGCCUAUCCCAGAAGCAAUGGGCAAAGGCAGGCUAUAGUCUAAUAUAUGGAAUAUAAUACACAUGAUGUGUAUUACCAUUAGGCAUGAUUGUGGCAGAAAAAGAAUACAUCUGUAAAAGAAAAAGGAGAUAAAUUCAAAUAAAAUAAGGAAAAGGAAUUUAAAAGAAUAAGAUUUUUUUUUCAUUGUCUUUGCUUUUUGCCGUUCUGCUUUUAAUUUUACUGUAUUGGGGACAAGCUGUCAAUCAGCUGGCUUUAGGUAUACCUUCCUGCCCAGGCUGAGUAGUCAGUUCCAGCAUACACAAAUUCUGCUUUCGACUACUUCUCCAAUUUCCAUCAAAAACCGGAAAAAAUGGUUAACAAGCGGUCACAUUCUAUUUUGUUUUUACAUCUGACACAAGAGGCGUUACCCUCAUAUGUGAUAUGUUGAAAACAUUUUAGUUAAAUCAUGGUCACGUCUUAUUAAUUCCAUCCCACAAUACAUUGAAAAGUAGACAUGCUUUAUUAAAGGCGCUUUAACACCGCAGAAACUUUUUCUGUAACCACGGACUUUUGUCAUGUUCACACCACAGGAACUUGACUCGAUUUGUAAUUCCUUGGAGGAAGUUCAGGAACCCUUUUAAGUACCUACUCCAGACUAGGUACUUUUCUUUCAAACACAAACUACUGGGGAGGCGCAAGGAUAAACUUACUGACUGGUUGAUGACAAGCCCCGGUGUUAACUUGGAGGUUACUCGGAAGUGCAGGGAAAGAGAAGUAGCGGAGCAAAAAUUGAGCAGAUGGAAUUAUUUUUAUACCUCAAUUACAUUUUUAAUGCAUCCAUUAAUAGAUUUUUUGCUUGCAUCGGAAAUUCAGUCUAUAACCAAUGCCAGCGCUUAUUAGUGGCAUCUCAUUCCAUUGUUUUUUUGUUCUGUGGAAAAUUAAAGCUCCAUCUGCUGGCCAGAUCUAAUACGAAUCAUAAACAUCUGACGAGUCCUAUAAGUAAAGAAUAAAUGAAAGCCUGUGUACCACUUUGAUCGCUAUCGAUCCCCCAAUAACUAACAAAUAUCUAGCUAACAAAAUGACUUACAGUGAAACCACUUAUUAUUUCUAAUCACGUCUACCAGGGUGAAACUGAUCAGUAUAUGCGGAUGAAUAUUAUAUCCAAUUUUUUCUUUUUCUUUAUUUGUCAGGCAGAUUACCAACUGACAUUUGUAUAUUUGGUAACGCUUUACAUUAUCUGCGCCUUCAUAAUGCUUUUAUAUUGCAUUCGUAAAACAUUCAGUGCACCUUCAUAAUGUAUUCAUUAAGUAUUCAUAAAACAUCCAUAAACAUCAUGUACUUACAUUAUAUAAUAAACAUAAUUGUAUAAUCAUGUAAUGUCUGUUAUUAAUGUAUAUUAAGGCUGUUAAGGGAUGUUAGGAUGUUAAGGUGUACUUGCAUGCUGCUUAUAAAUGUUCGAUGAAUGCAUUACGAAGGUGCACUUUAAUGUAAAGCAUUACCGCAUUUUUAUCACAUGAAUAUAAGAUAAACCGGACAAUGUUGUUAUUUACUGAAUUUUGAAUAUUUCAGAAUAUGGUAUAGUGGUUUCAAAUGCUCUUCAAAUUACAGUAUUGCACAAAUGAAAUUGCUGAACUAUGCAUAAUUCAAAUAUACUAUAAUACAGUAUUGUACUGUAUAUAAAAUAUAGCUUAUUGUAGUUUCACUGCUUGUUUUUGUUAGUUUAUCAUGAGCUUUGAUGAGGCUAAAUUUGUCACUGAGAGAAAAU